CAUUGAAUCGACAAGAAAAAGAAUUGUAUGUUAUUUGUUUAUGUUGUAUGUAUUGUAAAACAGUAGAGAAUAUUUUGAAAGUUGUUCCUAUUAUUCAGUCGAAAAAUGACUCAAAUAAGCACAAAGGAAAAAUUGUUAUAUAUAAUUGAUGAUAUGGAACUGAUAUCAAAAGAAAUAAUCGAAAAUGCAAUUGCCCCAAAAAGUUCAAAACUAUCUGGACCCGAGUAUGCCCAAUUAACCGAUCUUUUAGUUGCAAAAGAUCAGGAAUUAAAGGAAACUCUACAAUUGGCAGCUGAGCAAGCUCACAUCAACAAAAAAUUGGAUAUCCUAAAGGCGGAAGUGGAACGUCAAGAUCAAGAUAUAAACCAUCUUCAAAAACAAUUGAAAGAAGCUGAACAAAUUCUCUCCACGGCUAUAUACCAAGCAAAUCAAAAAUUACAAUCUAUUGCUCGAGCAAAUCGCAAACCUGUAUCGUCAGAAGAGCUCAUAAAAUUUGCUCACAGAAUCAGUGCCUCAAAUGCCAUUUGCGCUCCUCUCACUUGGCAACAAGGCGAUCCACGAAGACCAUAUCCUACAGAUAUUGAAAUGAGAUUAGGCUUGCUUGGCAGGCUUGGUGACCCCAUGAAUGGUCAUUUGAUGGCCCAACAAAAUAAUAUGUCUGAUUUGCAUAGACCUGGUCAUCCAGGCGAAAUACCUGCAGCACAACAAAACCAGUUUGCUUGGCAUCCGUCAGGGGAAAUGCAUAUAAGUGUUGGCCAAGGUACUGUUCCUAUGGAUACUAGGAAUCAUAAGCAAGAAAAUGAAGAUGUGGAGGUGAUGUCUACUGAUUCUAGUAGUAGUUCUUCCAGUGAUUCUCAAUAGCCCUAUGAGAUCAAAAUUUUAGCUUAAAUUGUUUAUAUUGUUUAUAUUAAACUGGUAUCUUAACUUUUUUUCCUUGAGGAACAUAUCUAGUUUUACAAUGAAAUUUGUAUUACAUAAUAGAGUGAAGUACCUU